UAUCAAAAUUGUGUUACAAUCGUCAAACAUGAAUUAAAUUAUAACUAUUUUUUAUAUUUUUUUGCUUGUUUUAUAAGUAUUUCCUAGUCUAAAAAUAUUCACAUCUUAAUAUUCAUGCAUAGAAUAGAAGAAUAAGCUUAAAUUAUUUUACUGUUGCCAGCAAUUUGACUUUAACAGAAUGAGUAGCACAGAAUAUGUUCAAAUUAAAGAUUUAAAACCCGGUAUGAAGAACAUCAAUGCUAUCUUCAUAGUAUUAGAGGUGGGACCGCCGACGCUGACGAAGGAGGCACGCGAGGUGCGCACGUUGCGCGUUGCUGACGCUUCAGCGUCUGUCAAUCUCUCGGUAUGGGACGAGCCCGGAGCGCUGCUGCAGCCGGGUGACAUCGUACGCCUCACGCGUGGCUAUGCUUCGCUCUGGCGAUCUGCGCUCACCCUAUACUCUGGUAAAUCCGGGGAUAUCCAGAAGGUGGGAGAGUUUUGCAUGCUGUUUAAUGAGCAAGUUAACAUGAGCGAGCCGCAGCCUGCUCCCCCGCCAGUCGUCGCCGCACCGCCUCCUGAUCGAACCAAUGGUGCACACGUUCCAGCUCGCAACUUAGUUCAAACCUCACAGCCUGCGGCACCUGGCACACAGCAGUUGCCACCAAAAAAUGAACGCUUCUCUCAAAACAACCAAGAACAUAAUAAUAAACAUAAUAACCAACAUAAAACAUACGUCCGAGGGAGAGGCCAUCAGCGCGGUAACAAUAGAAGAUAACUUAUUAGUGAUAAGAUGAAUUCAUGAAAUAAAAUAAUUA